GGGGCGCGGAGGCGUUAGCCGACUUUGUCAUUUCUGGGCGUGCAGCCGUAGUUUCCUGGCGCGGCCCGUGUGAUGGUGCCGGGAGGAAGGAAGCGCCGUUAUAGUACCUCAGUGGGAGCCCAGGUUCCGGGGUUGAGGAGGCCCAGGAGCGGAGGAGCUAGCGAACUGGCCGCUGGCUGAGCGAGUGGUCACAAUAGGAGGCGGCGGCCCAGCGCGGAGCUGGCAGGACGGGCCGUGGGCCGUUGGGAGCAGGCCCGCGCGCUGGUCGGGUGGAGAUUUGCCCCGGUAGCUCUGCGCUCUUUGUUUGAGCGGCGGUGGCUAGCAGAUACGGCCGCGGCCCGCGGGAGACUCCGCCAGCCACCUGGCAGACGGCCCGGCUCUCUUGUUUCCACCCUCUUUGCCGAGGCGCAGGUGAAAUGAUGUCACUCAGGAGAACGCAGAACCCUGUCGGAUAGGUCCUCGCGGCUUUCUGGACUGGCUGCGUUUUGUUCUCGAGGAAUGGAAGUUCUUCCUUUCUGGGGUGAAGAAUGAAAAAGAUAUCUCCCGGGGCCAAUUCAGCACCUCUACCUGGCCAUCCUCCUAACAAGGUGAUUUGUGAAAGGAGUGAAGAUAGUCCAAGUCCUAAGAGGCAGCGCCUCUCUCAUUCAGUCUUUGAUUAUACAUCGGCCUCGCCAGCCCCCUCACCACCAAUGCGACCAUGGGAGAUGACAUCAAAUAGGCAGCCCCCUUCAGUUCGACCAAGCCAACAUCACUUCUCAGGGGAACGAUGCAACACACCUGCACGCAACAGAAGAAGUCCUCCUGUCAGGCGCCAGAGAGGAAGAAGGGAUCGUCUAUCUCGGCAUAGUUCUAUUAGUCAAGAUGAAAACUAUCAUCAUCUCCCUUAUGCACAGCAGCAAGCAAUAGAGGAACCUCGAGCCUUCCACCCUCCGAAUGUAUCUCCCCGUCUGUUACAUCCUGCUGCUCACCCACCCCAGCAGAAUGCAGUAAUGGUUGAUAUACAUGAUCAGCUUCAUCAAGGAACAGUCCCUGUUUCCUAUACAGUGACAACAGUGGCACCACACGGGAUUCCACUCUGCACAGGCCAGCACAUCCCUGCUUGCAGUACACAACAGGUCCCAGGGUGCUCUGUGGUUUUUAGUGGACAACACCUCCCUGUCUGUAGUGUGCCUCCUCCAAUGCUUCAGGCAUGUUCAGUUCAGCACUUACCUGUACCAUAUGCUGCAUUCCCACCCCUUAUUUCUAGUGAUCCAUUUCUUAUACAUCCUCCUCAUCUUUCUCCCCAUCAUCCUCCUCAUUUGCCACCACCAGGCCAGUUUGUUCCUUUCCAAACACAGCAAUCACGAUCGCCUCUGCAGAGGAUAGAAAAUGAAGUGGAACUCUUAGGAGAACAUCUUCAAGUAGGAAGUUUUACUUAUCCCACAUCAGCCCAUCCCCCAACAUUACCUCCAUCAGCUCCUUUGCAGUUCUUAACACAUGAUCCUUUGCAUCAGGAGGUGUCUUUUGGAGUACCUUAUCCUCCAUUCAUGCCUCGGAGGCUCACAGGACGUAGUAGAUAUCGAUCCCAGCAGCCAAUACCACCUCCCCCUUAUCAUCCCAGCCUACUACCAUAUGUGUUAUCAAUGCUGCCAGUGCCACCCGCCGUGGGCCCAACUUUCAGCUUUGAAUUAGAUGUGGAAGAUGGAGAAGUAGAAAAUUAUGAGGCCCUGUUAAAUCUGGCAGAGCGACUAGGAGAGGCUAAGCCUCGAGGACUGACAAAAGCAGAUAUUGAACAACUUCCUUCUUAUCGGUUCAAUCCGAACAACCACCAGUCAGAACAGACUUUGUGUGUAGUAUGCAUGUGUGAUUUUGAGUCAAGGCAGCUACUUAGAGUCUUACCCUGUAACCAUGAGUUCCAUGCCAAGUGUGUUGACAAGUGGCUUAAGGCAAAUCGUACCUGUCCAAUUUGCCGAGCUGAUGCUUCAGAAGUACAUCGGGAUUCAGAAUGACCAACCUAAGAGCACAAAUUUAGUUUGGGUGUUCCUCAUCACAUGUAUAUAUGGACUAUCCAUUGAACUUAAUCUGUGUGGCUUCCAGCCUUCCCUUUACCAAAAGGGUCAAUGGACCUUUCUUUGCACUGUGUGACUUAAUCAACUAUAAAAGCU